AUGCAGAUAAAAGUAGGUGCACUUAAAAGCCUGGAGGAAGGGCAUGAGAGAGAGGGCGUGAGGGGCGAUUGUUUCUUGUUGAGUGAGUUGUGGAAGGCUUACGCCACUUGGAGUGGUUUUGGGGCCGAGUCUCCAUUUAUCCUGGAAAACGGCAACACUGUCAUCCAAUUCUAUCAUCCCACACUCUCAGCUCUCCAAAUUUAUACUACUCAACCCUAUACUUCCCUCAGUGACAGUGAGGGUUCAACUGCAGGCAGCAGUGACCAGGAGAUGGAAGAGGGUUUUGAAGCCACAGAGGAUGAUGCUCUCACUGCGCAGCUGGAGAAUGGCCAGAAAACAAGGGAUCACCUUGGCCAUCUCUACCUCCACUACAAUGAAGAGUCGGACCCAGACAAGAGGCCUCCAUUCUUCGUUAAGAUCAAUGAACUGGCUGACACAUAUCCAGCUCUAAUGACUCUCAAGAGCACAGAUCUCUGCCCUGACAGUUGGGUGGCCGUUGCUUGGCACCCUAUAUAUUCUAUCCCAGAAGUGAGAAAAGUGGGGGAGUUAAGAGCAUCGUACGUGACUUAUCAUAUGCUGUCCACUUCCGGUUCUCUCUGAAUAUCCAGUUGGUUGCAAUUGCCUUCAUUUCAAGAAUGAACAGGAACUGCCCUCCUAACAUGGACACAGCUUUGUUCUUCAGUUUCAUUCCCGCAUCCUAUGAUUUAUGCAUUUAUGGUACCUUUUAAUUUUUAAUAUGUUUUUAUUUUCAUAUAAUCGUGGCAAUGUAUGCUAACUAUUAAGUUAAUGAUGAGA